ACCGCCUCGACGCACCUGCCUUACUUUGGACAUAACAACUGGAAUUCGCAAAGAGUCCCUUUUAGAGUCGAAACCAUCCAUCUGCCCGCUCGAGCGGAAGGUGCGGUGCAUUUCGGCGCUGUGAGGUGCGUCUGUACAUCGACAACAGCGCUCUGCGACAUACUACGGUAUCAGGCUACGAUACAAGCGACACGGGCGAAUAAGCCUCAAGCUGAAGGAUCAUCACACAAAAAGGCACAUGAUAAAAAUGAGAGAAAUUGCCUUGGCCUGGUGAACAACCGACUUAUAUUCGCGCAACCCCACCAAAGCCGACAAGGGACCGGAGGGGAAUGGAUGGGAUGGGCACGCAUGCAGAAGGUCGCAGCCAGCAGGAAGAAGAAGCAGGAGCAGAAGCGGGCAGACCACUUCCGGGGUAGAUACGGAUAA